CACGGAGCAGAGAGAGCCUUUAAAAAGUGAUUCGCGGUAUUCGUGUCUGCUCUCUUCUCUCAUUCUCUCCCUCUCUUUCGUCUCUUUUUCCUCAUCUUUGCCUCCAUUCGGCCUUCCGCGAUGAUCGCCGUGGAUUUGAUGAUUUUGUGGAUUUUGCCCUCGGCCGGGAUGGGUGCGUCCCUUUCCAAGAAGCCCUGGAAAUCCCCUAUCGAUACCCUCAUCGAGGUGUUAGACCUUCCCGGUCCGGUGAAGAUGGAAGGGCGGCGGCCUCCCCUCCCUCAGUACAUGUUGAAUUUAUACAACCAAAUAGCGGACUCGGAUGGUAUCACGAGAGGGAAAAAUCCGUACGGUGCGGAAAUCAUCCGAAGUUAUCGUCUGAGUGAAGAACAGAAUCUCAGUGCAGGUGUCGUGCUUACGUUCAAUAUUUCCGGACUGAAACCCGGUGAAAACAUCUUGGAAGCAGAUCUGCAUCUCUUCAGGACGAAGAGCAAGAAAGCCGGGAGACAUUCCCGACAUCAGCAUGUCGGUCAGGUAAGCCUGUACGAGGUGAAGGAUCCGAGACGACUGGAAGACCUCUCAUCCCAGAGGCUUCUAGGAAGUCAUCUCAUCAGCGAGCAUGCACCUGGUUGGGAAGUAUUUCACAUAAAAUCGGCCAUUCUGGGCGGUCUGAAAGGAGCCGAGUCCCGCUUCCAGUUCUUGGUUGUCGCCAAGGACCAUCUGGACGAACCCAUGUUCGUCACUUUGGCUUUGAAACAUUCCAGACAGCCUCUCAUCGUCCUAUACGACCAGGAAGCCAAACACCCCCGCCUCCAUCAGAAUCAACAGCACAGAGAUUUGUUGGAGAAUGACGAUUCUUGGAUGAGCCACACAAGGAGACGGCGAUCGACGACGGGCGCAAGUGAAAAAGAGGAUCCCAGCAGCCUCAGGACUCACGAAAACAGUGCUCAGAGACAGAAACCCCAGUGCUCGAAGCUGGACAUGUUUGUGGAUCUGCACCAGAUAGGCUUGGAACAGAUCAUCUCUCCCAAGGGAUACAAUGCCUAUUGGUGCGAUGGUGCAUGUGACUAUCUGAUCAGCGAAGAACUGGAGCCGACGAAUCACGCCCGGGUUCAGAGCAUUGCUCAUCACUUGGGACUGAACGAAGUGACACCCCCUUGCUGUGUCCCUUCCUCCUUGCAAUCCAUCACGCUUCUUUUCUUCGAUGAAAACCACGAUGUGAUUCUUCGACAGUAUGAGGACAUGGUCGUCGGCAAUUGUGCAUGCCACUAACCACGAUCCAAAGAGAUAGGGAUUUUAAAAAAUCAAAUGCCAAUGAUCUCCAUGGGUUAGUCAGAAGAUUAUUUUGCAGGACAGCACUGCGUUUUCGGCAGUUGCACGGGAAAGAACGGGAUACUGCAACUGGGGAACUAGUACAAGAAUUUUAUUACCAUGUGACAUAUUAAUUUGCUGCUGCUUGAUGUCUUUCAUGUGCGUCUACUGGAAAGUUUAAUCUAUCGAGAUUUAUCAUUAUUAUUUGUGUGAAUAUGCUCAACGGUUACGAGAAGAAGAAUAAAGCAAGAAGAAAAAAAAAGUGUGGGAUAGAACGGAAGCAAAGUAUGAAACGCGUAGGUUAGAAGCUUUACUCACAAUCGGACAGCGGCAUGCCGUUUCUUAUCCCUUCAGUUCAUUGGAUGAAACGAUUGUGUGCCCAUAAUAGAUCCAUAUGGGUUUCUGUGAUGAUUAAAUUUUGAAUUGCAACGAGAAUACUCGCUAGCAUGCGGUAUGGCUCUUCUUGUAAAUGUAAUUUUUAUUACACGGAUCGUCUGACUCGAAUGUGCUUGUGCGUUUGAUGCUGAGCGAGUAUGGAGUGGAAUGCUGCUGUAUGAGAUUGUUCUUAUUGAAUGAAUGAAUAUUUUUGCAUGGCUCAAAA